AUGAAAUAUAAAAAUCUUAUUUUUUAUUUAUUUGUUUUAACAUUGUUAUCACUAAAUAGACAUACUAAGGUAGAUGCUAAAGAUACGAUACCUGGUAACUUGGAGACAAUCAAGAAUGCAGUUGUUGAUCAAAUAACAACUGACACCCCUACAACUACAAAAACUAUAACAAAAGUCACUUCAUACUUCCAAUCAAAAAUAAUAAUGGCACUCAAAAUAGAAUACAGUGAUGGAUCAACAAAGAAUAUUGGAGGUAUAGCUGUAAUUUCAUCGCAGGAAACUUAUGAUUUAAGACAAGUCCCAAUUGUGUCAGUCUCAGUUUCAACAACUUCCAUUCCUGAUUUUGGUGUUUUUCCUAUUGGAAUAUCAUUUAAAUAUGUUGAUUCAACAAUUCAAACUUUAUUUGGAACAAUAAAUUCCAAUGCUAUCACAUAUCAGUCAUCGAAUCCAGGUCAAUGUCUUAUUGAUAUUGAUGGAGCAUUAUAUAAUAAUGGUCUUGUAUUUUCAUAUGAUGAUGUUGAUGUCCGUUACCCAGUUCAAUCUUCAUUAUCCUCAGUCUCACAAUAUUAUUAUCAAGAAUUGAAUGGAGAAUCUAGAUAUCUUUACGAUUUUCCGAGUGCACCAAUAACUGAUUUAGCAGCUAAUAUUGGACCAACAAGUCAAAUCAAUAUUCCUAAUAAAAGUGUUUAUGAUUUUAAACACUUGGAGUUUUCAGCAACAUCUUUAGUAAGAACAACUGUACCGGGAACAAUUAUGUCCAAGAAACCUGAAGCUGGAGGUGGUGGAUGGAGAAUAGUUAUCAAUACAAAAGGUGUAAUAAUUUUUACAAUUGAAGAUGGUUCUUCAUCUUCCAGAGCAACAACACAACCAACACAAAUACUAGAUGGAAAUUGGCACCAUGUUGCCGUUGUUAGAAGAUUAUCUCAAACUUCUAAUGAAAUAGAAGUAUGGUUGGAUGCUGUAAAACUUGUAUCAUUCCAAAUACAAAAUUAUUUUAUGAGUGCUACUUCAAACAAUCCUUUAUUAAUUGGUGCAAAUUAUAAUAUAACUGAGCCACACUUUGAUGGAUCAAUCGAUGAUGUCACAUUAUGGAAUGUUUCACUCUCUCAAAUACAAAUUAUUUAUUCAAUGAAGAAAAUGAUUGGUGGAAAUGAAUUUGGAUUGAUUGGUUAUUGGCCAUUUGACAAUAAUUUCAUUGAUAAAAGUUCAACUUCCAAUAAUGGUGCUUCAUCUGGAGUAAUUGAUUUUACUCAAAGUAUUACUUCAUCUUCAAAUAUUGGAUGGUCAUUUGGAGGAUAUUCAUUCAAAGCAUUCCAAGUUCCAUGGUCAUUAUUUAUAAAUCCAACAACAGCCACUGAUCCUCAGAAAACACUUGUUUAUCGAUUCAAAUUCACUCAAUCAAAUGGUGAUAGAUUCUAUUAUACAACCGAUAGUUCAUUCACUUCAAGUGGUUGGGUGUAUGAUAGUGUUGCUUUCCAAAUAUAUGGAUCAAAUAUUGAUAUUCCUUCUCCAUCUGUCAAACCGGUUUACAGAUAUUCAAGAACUCAAAUUCCAUCGCUUGGAUCAGGAUUAGUUUAUGGAUAUUCAAUUAUUCCAAAUUUACCAGGUUGGAUAAAUGAAGGUAUUGAUUGGUAUACAUCAAGUGAUUCAACACCAUCAUUCCUUUCAUAUCCAGAUUUGGAAUAUAAGAUGAUUCAAAAUGUUGGAUCACAGAAAUGCUUAACAGCACCAACAACAUCUGGAUCAUCAGUAACACUUUCAACAUGUGAUCAAUCGAAUCUUCAACAAUUUUGGUAUUUGAAAUAUGAUUCAUUUGGACCACAUCUUUACAAUCCACAAACAAUGAUGUAUUUGAACAGUCAAACAACAACAUUGAUUGGAACAACAUCAAUACCACAAAACAAUUUUAAUAUUUUUAUUAAUCAAAUGACAAAUGGACGAUACACAAUUCAAGAAUAUAUUUCUUCACUUUGUCUUCAACUCAAUACUGUCUCAAAUAUUGUUGAAUUCAAAACAUGUAAUCCUUUGAAUCAAAAUCAAAUUUGGAAAUAUCCAAGUUCAGUUUUAGUUGAAAGUUCGAAAUCAAUUCCAUUGUUCCCAGGUGCAUGUUUAGAUUCACUUGGAUUGAAAUGUCCAACAACACUUCCAGAAGUUCAUCACUCACAAUCAACUCUCAAGGAAAUGGAUAUUUAUCACUUAAAUCCGGGAGGUUCUGAAGUAUAUUCAUUGGGUGUAACAUCUUCAACAGGACCAUAUUCAAUUACAAUUCAAUCAGAUGGAAAUGUUGUUUUGAAAGGUAAUACUGGAACUUAUGCAGCAAUUGGAUGUUGGAAUCUUGGAGGUCAAUAUCUCAAUCUUCUUGAUAAUAAUCUUUAUGGUUUACAAUAUGGAAUGAUCGUUCAAAACAAUCAAAACAAGAUGAUUUGGUCGAAAUUAGGAUAUUCAACAUCAUUCAGGAUUGCAUUGAUUCCAGGUUCAUUCAUUGACGAUAUUGACACCACAAAUAAUUAUGUUGGAGUCAAUCAAUUCAUAACCAAUGGAAGAGAAUAUUUAACGGUUAGGAAAACAGCUUCUGGUGAUUCCUUUGGUGCAUAUUUAUAUCCGCAAAAUCCAAAUUAUUUAGGACAAACUGCUCUCUGGAAAUAUGAAUAUCCAGAAGUAUUCAAAGAAGAUCUCAGAAUUUAUGUUCAUUACAUGGGUGACAAAACAACCUCAUUAUGUUUGGUCAACACUUUUCAAAAAAGUAUGAUAUGCGGAACCUUUUUUACUAAAAACACACCAAGUUUUGAAUCAUCUCGAUAUCUUCAACUUCCAGCACCAGGAAGUGAUAAAUCAACAGAUUGGGCAAUUGUAUUGCGUUCAGCAACAGGAUCAUUGACAUUUGGAUAUUUUGGAAAUUCAAAAACUCCUGGAAACUAUGCACUUCAACCAGAUGUAUAUGAUCUAUAUCAAAGUAGAUUCCUAAGUUUACAAAUCUCUCAAUACAAAUAUUCUCUUAAAAAUGUAUUUUCAAACCAAAUCAUUCAAGAAUCACCAGCAAAUCUUCAACUUUGUAAAAAUUUUUGGACAACUAGCACUUAUUCAAUAUAUCAAGUAUACUAUGAUUCAACAAUGUAUUGUUCAAACAAUGCCAAGAUAAUGAUAGAAACAUAUAGUAUUCAAACUAAUCCAGCAUUCCCCAAUGGUAAAACCUUUUUACUUCUUACCUCAAUGCCUGAAAUGGUAGUAUAUGACCAAUUUGGAGUAUUUAUUUGGUCUCAAGGAUAUAGCACUCUUUAA